AAGUUGAUUUCGCCGAUUGAAUUCAACAUCCUGCAUAACAUUGGUUUUAUUGUUUUGGUUUGAAUCCUCACGCACGAACGAACACGCGCACGCACGCACACCCCUUCCCCCUUUCCUUUCAGAGAUAUCAGCCCAUGUCAUCAAUUCAUUCCACAUGCGAAAAUAUACCCAAACCAUCACUCAGCUCAUCAACCACAACCUCAUCCUCAUCUACAAACGAACGGUGGCAAAAGCGUCAGGCCGAACGAAUGCGUCAGCUGCAGGAUAUGGAGCAGCAGAUCACGGAUGCGACGAAUCAUAGUAAGCGCCGAAUCGAUUUAAGAAUGUCAGACCAACAUGAUCGCCGGCUAUUGGACGACGUCGAUUCACGCAGAUCCUCGACUACCCCAAGUGCAACAUCAUCAUCCAUUUACGACGAUAGUCAUAAUAAUAAUUACAGCAGCACCUUAUUCCGCUCUAGUAGUAGAGGAAGAGGAGAAAGAAUGAGUGCAAACGGAUCUGAAGUUAUAGGAAUGAAUGACAAGCGCCAAUCAGCACUAUCAUCAACAUCUUUUAAGCGUGGGAGCAGUAACAGCGGCAGGCAGCAGCAGCAGCAUGCUGACAAAAUUGACUUGCGUGACGCCAGUCUAGAAGAUUUGGAGGAUUUGAUUGCAGCAUCGGCACAACGCCUCGCUAACUAUCGAUUGCAAAAGUCUUCAGAAGCGCUCGUGAGCCAUGGUCGGUCCGAUAGCAGUAGUGGGAGCUUAGUUUAUUCGCCUACAAAAAUUAGUCAUAAUAUGGGCCAUGACAACAGCAGCCACUUUGCUGAUCUCCUAGGUGAUGACGUUGACAACGACGAGGACGACAUGAACGACGAGGACGAUGGUCGAUUGACACAAUCGGAUGCCAAUUUGAGUUUUUCAACGGGUGCAUCCUUGUUGGACGAUUCGUAUCCACCACACUCACCAGGAGCCGUCGAGCCAAGAUGUUCUGUUACUACACAUAGCUCAGGAGCAGGAGAAGCAGCGGCGACAGUAGCAGCAGCAAAGAAGGAGAAGAAAGUUGUAACUUCCCCUACUGCGUCCUACGUCAGCAGUAUUCGCAACAAGUUCGAGAUGGCCGGCAGUAACGAUUUUGACAAAUCUCAACAACUGAUUCUUCAGUUUGAUCCUCUUUUAUCCACAAAACAAAACAAGCAACAACAGCUGCAGCAACAGCACCAAUCGGCACUACAGCAUCAUCAACAGCAACACCUACACCACCAGCGAGCAGAACAGUUGGACUUGUUGACUGGAUCGCCGUCGUCGUCAGACGAAAUUACGAUGCGGUCAACACAGCCGGUACUUUCACCUUCUCAAUCCAACCUUCGCUCAGUAGCCGAAGCCAAGGAGAGACGAGCAAGACGACCCUCUGAACUGAAUGUGAGCGAACUGAUGAAAGAUCGUGCUGCAAACAACAACAGCAGCAGCGCCAAGCGAUCCUCUGAAUCACCGAAGACACCGACUCGACUCCCCACUCCACGAUCAUCAAACGCUUCUGGGACUUUUCCCAGAGCCAGUUUUCCUGCACCAUCCAGUUCUCCCAGCAGCAGGCGGAUACGUACACUUUCCACUGUGGACAAGGAUCAGGACACUCUCAAGUGGAUUGAAAGCGAACUGAAGGCCGACAACAGUAGCAGCAGCAGCAGUACUACCAGCAAGACCAGUUUGACAGGACGGCGAUCGCUCACGAAACCCCCUUCUUCUUCUACCACUGUCCUCGAGAACAAACGUGUACAAUCUAUCAUCAUGUCGCCUCCAUCCCGUUCAUCAAGCACCUUACGCAAAAGCACUUCUAACAUUCACAAAAAGAUUGGGUUUGCUGAUCAUGAUGGCGAUGAUGAAAGGACUGGAUCCGGCAGUAAUCCCGUACGACAGCGAAAAACCAAGAGCACUCAUACAUUGCGCAGCUUUGACGGUGCUGCCAGCGGUGAUGGUAGCAAUGGUGGUGAGCACGUGGCCAGUCGAUCGGCGCGAACUCGGACUAUUAGUAUGCUUUCAGCCGGCACUGGCGCGAAUAGGAGGAGUGUGGGGGAUCAUCUUGCGGAUUUUGAUCCUCUUUUGGAAGAUGAGAAGAUGAUGAGCGCCUCGUUAUUGGAUGACGAGGAGGAACAUCGAUGGGAGCCAUCCAAGAAGAAAUAUCCCCCGCUGCGGGCGCGAGUGGUCUCCAUGACGGCCAGCAGCAGUACCAGCCAUGACUCUGCGCGAAAGGUUGCACAGGAACGCGCUAACAGGACGAAGCGUAGAAGUAAUGGCGCUGCACCCCGGCCUCACGAGACCCAAUCCAUGACCACAAAGGCUGUCUCUGGACGAAAGAGAGGAAAGACAUUCUCAGGGAGCUUAGCAUCGCCUUCAAUGGCUCCAUUGGCAUUGCCACCCAUGAAAAUGGAGCCGCUCGGUCUGGCGGUUCCUGACAAUCCAAAAGAAACAGCAGCAAAGCACCUGACUCGCUCAGCAGCAAGAACGCCGACACGCAUUCCGUUACCCAUUUCCUCGCGCACCUCACGACAGUCGCGUUACCAAGACAGCAACACCAACUGCAGCAGCACAGCAAGCGAAGACGAAUUGUCUGGUUCAGAAAGAGAGCGACCUUUAUUAUUAAACUGCAGCAAUAACACUACCAGCAACAAUGUCAAACUCAAAAAGAACAACGACUUGACAAUGACGGGCGCAGCCAAGGUUGGACCAACAACGACCGUUUAUUCCGGCUCGAUGGUUGUAUCCAGCAGUACGAGCGCACGUUAUAGCGGGAGCAACAGUAGCAGCACUAAACCGUCAGCAAGUUCAUCCAUACGGACUACGGCUUCAACAAAAACACCAAAGCGUAGUAGUAGUAGCAGUCGGCCACACAAGGUGCCAUCCACCACGACGUCCGAAAACGGCAUCACGCGCCAACGAAAGCUGAGCACGUUGUCUUCAUCAGCAACAACUUCAGCAACAACAAAGUCAUCGGCUAUUGGAGGUAGGAAGCAUUCUAUUGUCAAUGACAUUUUACACGAUCACUUGGGCAAGGAGAAACAACACAAAUCGCACGCCCCGGCUUUGAACCUCGUGUCAGCGCACGGACUGAUUAGCCCACCAGAAUCUAUCAAAGGAAACAAACCGUCAACGGUAGCAGCAUCUGAUGGCUCAACAUACCACACGAUCCCACGUCGAAAACCCACGUUACUGCACGAACGGUUACAAGGACUCGUUGAUGAAAGCAAUCAUCCAACCAACAGUACGAGCACAGCGUGGGGCUCGCUAGUCGAGCGGGAAAAGAAGUCAAAGCCGCAUCAUGAACCUAGUUCUGAGGUCACGGUAUUGCGUGGAGGCAGCACGAGUACAAGCACCACUGCCAGUGCAAAGGAAGAAAUGGCCAAUGUUGUAUCUGGGCAGAAUUGGCAUAGCUCUUCCCCAUCUUCUGAGCAUUCGAAAUACAUCCGUGAACGGGAAAAGGGGAUACGCGUUGCUCUGAGCCCACAAGGUAAAAACGAAUGCCUAGAUAUGCGUGUGUGUGAAAGAGAUUGUUUGAUUCUAUGCAUGCUUAUCCCACCCCGCUAUGUAACUUUUAGCUGCAUUGAAACUUUAUCAGCCUAGCUUAUCGCCAUACGAAAAGAAGGAAAUUCUCGAGUACUCGCAAAUCUUUUUCGUUGGUAACCAUGCAAAGAAGCGCCAAGCAACGCACGACCACCCAACGUGUAAUCAUGGCUAUGACGAUGACAGAGGCGACUAUCACAUUGUUCUUCGCGACCAUCUUGGUUAUCGUUACGAAGUUUUGGAGCUGCUCGGCAAAGGGUCCUUUGGCCAGGUUCUGAAAUGCUUCGAUCACAAAACCGGACAAAUGGUGGCGGUCAAGAUCAUCCGCAAUAAGAAGCGCUUCCAUGCACAAGCACUUGUUGAAGUCAAGAUCCUCAAGGAUCUCGUACAAUGGGACCCUGAGGA